AUGGAGCGGCCCUACUGGAGGAGCUCGGCUUGGGGGGGGAAGGCCCCGCGGAAGAAGCGGCGUUCGUCCCCGCUGCCCGGCGAGCUGCCCGCCUCGGGGCGCUCGGGGGCGGCGCAGUGCCGGCGGCGGCUGUUCGGCAGCGUGCGGCGCGGGGAGCCGCAGCCCGGCUGUGCAAAGGGAAAAUGCACUGUGAAAACAUUACCAAAAAUCAAGGAGAAUCUUGAAGUCACCCAAGGGAGCCCCUCCUCCAACCAAAGUUAUAGCACUCAAGUGAAUGUGAAAGAAAUGCUGUUCUUGGGAAAGAAUGAAGAGGAUGUGGAAGGCAGCACGGUACUGCUGAAGGAAUCUCCAGUAAUCAGCUUUGAAAGUAAAGAGAGCCUGAAAAGCACUGAUGUUACUUCAGGCACGGGGAUGACUCUUCCUACAGGUGUUUCAGACUUUCUCCUCGAAUGUUUAGAUGCAGAUUCUUCUGCAGAUCGUGACACAGUUGCUACUGACACCACAGAAAGUUUCCCAUCCCCUGAAACGUUAAGAGAUGAGGAAUGUUCAGGGGCAAGUAAUCCUGACUUCGAGGACUUUGUGAAAUGCAAGAACUCCACUCUUCUGGACUGCAGCAGAGCAGUGGCCAUAGAUAAGAUACUGCAGAUCUCAAAUCUUUCACCAAUAUUAGAACCUGUAUUGGAAGAUUGUAAAGACCAGUGCAUAAAAAGAAAGAGACCCAAAUGCAAUUACAGUUCUUCAGAACUGAGUGUUUCAACUACUCUGGCAGGGAAAAAAAUCUGUAAAAUUACCACUGCAAGAGAGAGAACUCCAGCCCUAAAAAGUGGCACGUGCUGUUCUUCACCAGUAGGAGCGGAAAGAAAGCCUGACAAUCAGACUGCUGAACCCCAAAGGCUGAAGAGCAUCAGAAAAGAAGAGCUGUCUGAUCUGUUAGAAGGUAAUGCAUCGCCUUGUGGUCGGCUCGAAUCUGCCCCAGCAGAAGCUUCAGCCAAAUCAGUGAAGGUGACAACAGAAGUUCUGCCCUCUGGACAGACAGAUGAUGCAGUGACUUGGUGUUACAGGAAAGAAAUCUGCUCCAUUGUCAGGACUUCGCCAGCUCGUAGACCUUGCAGGCAUCGCCGACUUCCAGUUAACACAAAAGCCUUCUGCCUUCCUGAAGGAGUGCCUGAAGAUGUUAUUACAAGUUCUAAAACUUGGAUCUGCUGUAAGCACAGAUGAGGAUUCUGAUUUUUCAGCAGGAGUCAACGGAAGUGAAGUUUGCUGUAGCAGGGAGAUGAAACAGAAGUAUUAAUGAGUGAUUAAUGGCCAUAUUUUUUUUUGGCUUCUACAUUGUUUGAACUUAAUAUAAUGUUUGACAGAAAGCCUGUAAAUCCUUUACUUGGAUAUUUUGCUAUUAAAUUACUUGUACAAGCAACUAGACCUCAUUCUGGGCAUUGUUCUUUAGGAGCUCCAUAAAGAUGGUGCUCAGUUCAUUUAGAUUUUUUAAAAGCAUGACUUGAAGACGGCGCGUUGCAUCGCUUUAGUUUUGCUUCUUGCUAUGCCAAAACUUCUGUUUGGUUGUUUGUUUGUUUUUUUUUUUUUAGUGGUAUUGGCCUUUACAGCUGUGGCCUCUACUUGAGUAGAGAACACCCAGCAUUGGGGUGUUUGUGUUAGUGGCUUCUUACAACCCCUUGCCUCCUAGGCUGUCCAUCCUCAGGAGAAUGUGCAUCUCUUGUGAUGCAGCUUUUCAUGCAAAGUGAAGCCAAAAAGCACAGUGUUUACAACCCAGACCUGUGCUUUAUAUAAAGUAUCAGUUGACCUAAUGCUUUAUUUUCCAGUACAAGUUUUAGAUACUGAUGUGUUUCCACAGUGGCGUUGUAUCUAUGGAGUUUUAUUUGUGUGAUAGGUGAAGUGAUCCUUCCAUCUCUGUGCUGUUAUACACUAUAAUGUUUGGGCAGAGAAGCAGACCUCAUGGCCUGUGGGUAAAGGCUUGCAAGGUCUGACGGUGGGAGAUGAGAGGUCCUUUGUGACUUUUAAUGGCUUCAGAUUUGUGGAGAGAAGUAAGUGCCUUGCAUGAAUAGAGAGGUGGAAAAAAGCUUGUCUAGAUGUUUGGAGUGCUGGAUGUUGAUGUUGGUAUGGAUUUUGCAGUUGGCUGCUCGUUCUGCGUGGUACAUAGGUUGGAUUCCCAGUGGUGCUGUGGAAUCCAGUCCAGUUUGUGGAUCGUUGAUCCAUAGAUGUCAUUCUUCAGUGUGCUGAAUGCUUCAGAGAACACUGACCAGAGCGUGGCUUUUCUCUGCUCGUAGUUACUGCAUGCUGAAUUAGUUUGGGUCUCCACAAAGUCCUCACUAACACCAAUCCUUACCCAGGCUCUGUGGUAGAAUUAAGGAAGUUUCUCCAUGUUUCAAAAUAACAGUCUGGCUUUCCAAACAUCUUGAAAGGUGAGGUUGUUUCUCAGUACUAUCAGCCAAAUUUGCCAUGCCCUGGAAGCUAUUUGUGUUUCCAAAAAGCACGUCAAGAAGACAUAAAAUUCACGACUUUAAUUAGUUUGAUUACAUCUGAGCAGACCUGGGGAAGUUCAGACCCUGGGCCUUUUCCCAUUGCUCUGGGUUAGAAGGAAGUGCAGGUAGGCACACUUGGAUUCAGUCUCUAAACAAAUGUCGUCUAAGCAUAUCAUAUGGCUCAAGGUUAACAGUCAUGGCAUUAAAUUAUUUUUCCUUUAAGCAUUAGUAGAGAGUGUUCUCCCAGUAUCUUGUUGGAGUGCUUCCAGGAAUGCUUCUAAUUACCAGGAUCCUUGUUCUUACAAAGCUGCUGGUAACGAAGUGUGCAAGAAUCUGGAGCCCCUAGGAGAGAAUGGUUAGCACCUCGAUGUAGCUUUAAGCAAAACUGGGGUAUGCAGUAAGUUAGUAUUAAGAUGAUUGAUUAUCCUCUGCUUGAACCAGAGUAAAAGAUGUUGUUAUAAGAGUAUACUAGCAAGGUCCUAAAAAAAAAAAAACACAAACACAACACUUUGCACCCAAAGCAUUUUUAUUUUCUAAUCAUAAAUAGACCAAUACUGACAAAGUAAUUGGAGAGUACAAGAUCGAAGCAGUUAUACUUGCUUAUAACGGUGGGGUUGGCUGGAGCAGCCUGAAAACUGCAAUGUUUUACUCUGUUUUUUCCUUUUUCUUUUCUCUCAGUGUGAUGAGGCUGUCCAGGACAGAAAUAUCACAAACUUUCUUGUCCUUCCCCUCAGUUACAAAAGUGCUGCUCCUUUUUUUCAUCUUUUGAGAUGAGAGAAAGUGUAAUUGAUUACCAGGCUAGCCCUCAGCCCUAGGGAAGGAAAUCUUACUCGUUUUGAGGCCGCAACAAUAUCCACUCUUGUUCUGCUUUUCUGAAAGGACAGGCACUUUCCCAUGCUUUGGUUUCGAACUGAAGAAUGGCUGUAUAAAAUUUCUCUCAAAGUGGAAACUGGUUCUUCCAUGUUAGUGGAUAAAGGUUAUAGGUCACAGGCAGUUAAUGGGAUAGUACAGAAGAGCUUAUUUGUGCAGUGAUUGAGAAGUCCUCACAGUAUCGAUGGGGCUGCUUUGUCACAAGCCUAGACGUGGUGAAGUCCCAAUGGCUUGAAAGGAAUGACAGUGAGUCAAUCUGCACGAGAACUUUCUAUCCAUGAAAUGUGCUCUGAGGAUGCAUGUUUAGUAAAGCAUUCAGGGACAAAUGUAUGAGGGUUUUCAUUAAUAGUUUGCAGUUUUUGAAAAUGAAUGGUUCUUCUAGGAGGCUGAAAGUGCUUGGAGAUGAUGAAAGAUGUUUUUUCCCCCACUGGAAUGCUACAGGGGUAUGUGAACCAGCUGCUGGAGUGUAAAGCCCUUGUAUGCAAAUGGUUCUGUUUGUAAGUUCUCUAAAUCCUAAUCUCUAAACACAGAAAGGACAGGAUGAGAGUCCAAGGCAAUGCAUACUAAAUGGGCAGGUAAGUUGGAAGUCAUGUUUUUCAUGCAGGUGUGAGGAUUUGCCUGUGGGGAGGUUUUUCAGGAAAAUGGAUGAUGAAACGUAUUUCGUUCUUGUUCUCUUCCUAUCUAUCCUCCUCUCUGCUCUCUUGAUUAAGGUGUGUUAACAAAGCUUGCCAGAAUCCCUUGCUGUUAACUUUGAAGCUUUGGAACAGACUCACUUUGAAAGGGGCUCUGGCAGCUUGGAUUUGAAUACACUUGAUGUUGGUUCAGUCUUCAGUUCUGUAAAUUGUGAAACUGUUGAAAGCUCAGCUGUAUUUCCUGGUCAAAUUCUAUUGUUUUGUAGUAUUCUGCACUCGAAGAUCUUAUUUGAAACUGCAUUUGUGUGCCCAGUUUGAAGGCUUUCACAUAGUGAAGGGAUAUAGAGAUCUCUUGCCUGUGAGCCUGCAGCAUGCAGGUGUGUCCUCCAUCCAGAACAAGGGAAAGAUGUGUCUGAAUGUUGGUUCCUGCUUUCUGUUACCAGCAUCAACUUCUAGUGGAUGAAAACCAGAGGUCCUGUAGACAGUUGUGUAUGUUACGCACAAAAUGAUCCUUGUUUAAAAGUAUUUCUAAUGUAGCGUUGUGUCACAUGCUGACUUAGUUUAAUUCCGUUUUCCAGAGAAAGCAGAUGAGUCACUUCUAUUUAAUCAGUUAAUUAUUUUCACUUUCUGCUAGUCUUAUAUCCUCACAGCGAGACAGGGAAGGAGGCUGGUAACCGUAACCAUUGGUUUAAAUCUGAACUAAUAAAUACUGCAAAAACCGCUCA